GGCGAGCAGGUGUCACGUUGAGGACUGUCCCCAAAGGCAGCCAGCGCAUUUCCGGUUCCGGAAGAAACGAACGGCGGCGGAGGCUACCGCUAGUGCUUCGCAGGAGGCGGCUGUGGAAGAGGAGGAGGAGGAGGAAGAGGAGUAGGCCCGGCGCGAGGCGCAGGCGGGAGCCUCAUCAUGACCCCACGGUCCUGGAGCGGCUGAAGCUGGCUACUGUUCCUUCUUGAAGCCUCCAUGGCUGAGGAUUGGCUGGACUGCCCGGCCCUGGGCCCUGGCUGGAAACGACGUGAGGCCUUUCGCAAGUCAGGAGUCACCUGUGGACGCUCAGACAUCUAUUAUCAGAGCCCCACAGGAGACAAGAUCCGAAGCAAAGUUGAGCUGACCCGAUACCUGGGCCCUGCAUGUGACCUCACCCUCUUCAACUUCAAACAAGGCAUCUUGUGCUAUCCAACCCCCAAGACCCAUUCCUUGGCUGUACCUAGCAAGAAGCAAAAGAAGCCUCCAAAACCAUCCAAGGCUCGGAAACAUCAGGUUGGAUCCCAGAAGAGUGAGGUCAGGAAGGAGACUCCACAGCAAGAGACAAAGGCUGGCACUAACAGAGCCCCAGUUUCAUUCCCUGCACCUGGAUGCUGUGAAAACUGUGGAAUUGACAUCUCAGGAGAUGGUACCAGAAGGCAGAGGCUCAAAACACUGUGCAAGGACUGCCGAGCCCAGAGAAUUGCCUUUAACCGGGAGCAGAGAAUGUUUAAGCGUGUUGGCUGUGGAGAGUGUGCAGCCUGCUUAGUAACAGAAGACUGUGGGGCUUGCUCCACCUGCCUUCUGCAACUGCCCCGUGAUGUGGCCUCAGGGCUAUUCUGCAAGUGUGAACAGAGACGCUGCCUCCGAAUUGUGAAGAAGAGUCAAGGGUGUGGAGUGUGCCGGGGUUGUCAGACCCAAGAGGACUGUGGCCGUUGCCAAGUCUGUCUUCGCCCUCACCGCCCUGGUCUCAGGCGCCGGUGGAGGUGUGUGCAGCGGCGCUGCCUUUGGCACCUUGCUCACCACCUCCAUGGUCACCCUCAAGGAUGUCAGCGGCGCCCUACCCUGGUUGUGGUUCCCCCUGCUGGUAAAAAACAAAACCGUCGUAAGGGUGGUUCUGACUCCAAGAAGGCUAGCCGACGUCACUCCCAGUCACAGCCACUGCCUCGACUUCCUGAAUCGCAGCCCCCAAAGCCCACAGAGCUGCACGCCAGCGCCCUGGCAUCCUCAUCACCUGCCGAGUUCAUCUAUUACUGUGUAGACGAGGAUGAGCUACAGCCCGACACGAACCGCCGGCAGAACCGCAAGUGCGGGGCCUGUGCAGCCUGCCUACGGCGGAUGGACUGUGGCCGCUGUGACUUCUGCUGCGACAAGCCCAAAUUCGGGGGCAGCAACCAGAAGCGCCAGAAGUGUCGUUGGCGCCAGUGCCUGCAGUUUGCCAUGAAGCGGCUGCUGCCCAGUACUGAGCCAGAGGCUGAGGAGAGAGCAAGAUCGCCUCCACGUCACCAUCGUCGAAAGAGCCUGGGUUCUGCUCAACGAUCUCGUCUGAAAUGCCCUACACUAAAAAAGCUCCCUUUGGCUGUUCGUACAGCCCGGCCAGGCCGUACCCAAGCCCCAAAGAAGCAGAAAGCAAGUGGUGACUUUGUGCUGCCUCCACCAGGCACAGACCUUGUGUUUUUACGGGAGGGUGCCAGCAGUCCUGUGCAGGUUCCUGCUGCAACUUCCACAGAAGCGCCAUUGCAGGAGGCCCAGUGCUCUGCUCUGAGUUGGGUUGUGGCCUUACCCCAGGUGAAGCAAGAAAAGGCAGAUGCCCCAGAAGAGUGGACAGCAGGCACGGCUACUCUGCGUUCUGCAUUACAGCCUGACUGCCCUAGCAAGGCAGUAGACCCAGGCCUGCCACCUGUGAAACAAGAGCCACCUGACCCUGAAGAGGAAAAGGAAGAGAACAAAGAUGACUUUGUUUCUGAAUUGGCCCCAGAGGAAGAGACAGGAGGUGCUGGCACACCUGUGAUUACCGAGAUUUUCAGCCUGGGUGGAACCCGCCUCCGGGAUACAGCAGUCUGGUUGCCAAGGUCCAAGGACCUUUAAAAACCUGGAGCUAGAAAGCAGUAGACUGGAGGCUUCUACAGACUAUAGGACUCAAGGUGAAAUUGCAGAGCGGCUUUAUGAGAGACAACUAUGAUCUACUAGGGGAUGGGCCAUAUCCUGGUUGCAGGGCUUGUGUGUCAAUCAACCCUAGGAGGAAAACCUACCAGGACACCCGAGAAGCAGGACUACUCAGUCCCUGGAGCUUAGAGGAAGCAAGCCGGAAAAGAAGAGAAAGAGUAGAAAACUAGAGCAUCUCUCCUUCCAGAAGAAGCCCAAGUGUGAUCAGAAAUUGGAUGUAUAGGUGGGGGAGCUUGGGUGGGGAAGGGAAUCCAAUUGAAGUUACUACAAUCAACCCAAACAAGCAUCUUCAUAAAAGAUUGUUGGUGGCUUCUGAAUGGGACCUGGCAGUAUCCAAACAUUUUCUCAGGGAGACGGCAGUUGGAUGCAACGUGAAUGAGGAGGAAAGGAAAGGAACUGCUGUUUGGUGAGCUCCUCCUGUGGACCCAACUUAUUUAAUUCUCAAGGCAGUCUUUAGGAAGACAAUGAUUUUGUGCACUUUUGCAGGUGGAAAAACUCAGACUAAAACAAUAAACUUUCCCAGUAUUGAACAGGUAGUUCUGGUAGGAUCUAGAAGUAUACUGAGGCUCUGAAGACUAUUCUGUAUGCCACUAAACUGUUAGCUGCAAUCCUAUGUGCAAUAAUGUAUACUAUUGCAAUAACAGUUUUUUUUUUAGUGAAAACACAGUGGAUUACUAUAAACAUCACAAUAAAUCCUUCACACUCUUGUCUCUAUCAUGGUUUAAAGAGUGCCAAGGCUAUAUUUGGAUGGGGUCACCUUGUCAGAGCACCCGUUCAUCUAGAAAGUAGGUUCCCUUGCAAGCCCUGGAUAUACUGCAUAGUAUUCCCCCAACCCUGCAGUAUACCCCUCCUCUCUGCUGUCCGUUUGCUUAUGCCCAGAUGCUGCCACCUCCUCCAGAGCUGUGUUCGGAACCAAAGCUGUCAUCCUGACCUAUCUUUUCUGACAGCAUUUCCUCCCCUCUUGACCAUUGUACUUGGUUCCUGUCUUCAGUCCAAAGGUCUACUAGGAGGCUAAAUGAAUGUCUUCAUUAGGUCCUGCCCACGUGUCAGUCUUGGCUCAGCUGUACCUCCAUGCCAUAAAAUGCCAAAAUGAUGGUGUAAUUGAUGACUUAGCCAGCUUUCUAGGACCAGGACUAGGUGAGUGCUGCCUCCGAUUUUGUAUCCUACAUUCUUCCCUUGCAUUAACUUAGCCCCAGGCCUGCAGCUUUGGGUACUUCAGAUAGGGAUUAGUGUUUUCCCAUUUCCAACUCAAAAGGUACAGUUUUCUGCCACCUUUUUCUCCCUUUGCCCUGUUUUACCUAGUUCUGCCCUGGCCAACACUGGAUAAACAGAUUGCUUUGUUCCCCUAGGAUAUAACCACUGGAAUUAAUAUUCUAGUAAUACUGACAGUGAGGUUAUAAGGAAAGUAUCUUUGAUUGGUGUUCUGUCCCAUGAGUGAGGCUUCUGAUUACUAUGUAAAUUAGGGUACAAUCAGAAAAUCAGAGCCACUAAAAUGAUAGUAUGUGUAUUUGAAGGAAUGUAUUAGAGGCAUUUGACAUUAUGUAAUUGUGGGAGUUGGCUCAGCAGUCUCUAAUGCUGUCAUCUUUGCAUUUAAUGCUGGAACUUUGAAGUCUUCAGGGCAGGCAGUUGGGAAGGGAAAGAUGGAUGCAAAAUAUAGGAGACCAAGGACAUGUUGGAGUCCAUGAACAGAAAUUGGGACCCAUGAAGAUUGCCUGGAACCCAUGUCUGUCUCUCACCACCUCCAGCUUUGAUGAUGUUUGUGUCCUGCAGAAGAAGCUGGCACCCUUCUUCACAGUUAAAUGUGCAUGUGGUCCAAGAAUGGAGAAGCUGAAGGAUGAUCCCAGGGAAACUGGAGCAGCAGACCUGGCUAUAGGACUGACUGCUUCCCCAUACUAACUAGGUGAGCCAGCAGAUUAAUGACAGCGUUCUGAGCUGCAAUGGUGCCUGUGUCCCUGCACCAGCCUUCCAAGUGUAAAAACAGUGUGCUGCUGCUUCAUUUCUACCCUCCAGUUACCAGGCAAAAUGUCUCUUGUGUCUGUACUAACCAGAAGCAUGUGGGGAAGGGAGUUCCAGAGAACAGUCUCGCCAAGGUGACACACCGCAGUGAUUCAGAGGUCUCACCACUCACCUGAGGAUAACUUGAUAAAACUACGUUGCUGAAAAAUGCAAAACUGAAGGCCAUGGAUUUCAUGGUCAUUUCAGCAAGUACAGAAAUCCUGUCAAGCCCACCCAGAACAAACUUGUUGGUUUCAGCUAUUUUUGUGUCAUUCAUUCAAGUAUUGAAAACUUGGCCCACAGUAGGUAUUGUACAUGAUACUGCGAUGCAGAAAUGAGAAAAAAAAAAAAAAGAUACAAUCCAUGUAAUUUUCAUUAAAUUCUUUAAUGUAUAUUACAAGUGAUAAGUGGAUCUUCAAAUUUAUCCUGGACUUUGAUGCUGAAAAUAUAGAAUCUAGGAAUCUGGAGAGGCCAGCCCUUGUGUGACCCUUGGUGCACUGUAGGAAUUGGAAAUCACUUUUAAAAGCUGUUCUAUUUUAAAAUUAUUUUUAAACAA